AUGCCCGUCGCUCCUCUCGCCGCGAGGGCGACUAAUACUUCCAAGCCAACGGGUCUGCAAUCGGGCUCGACGAAACCUGUUGUUAUCGGCAUAGCAAUCGCAGUCGCCCUCACUUUCAUACUAAUAGCAGUCUACGUCUAUGUUGCAAAGCGACGGCCUCCUAACUACUCCACCAGCCCAAAGAAGGACCCGAGAUGGCGCUCUUGGACGAACAAGGCUGGACGCCUACUUCCGUUCAAGAAGAAGUCGGGCGCCAGGAGCAUACAGGAUCAAGAGACUUCAUACGUUGCAACCAAUACAUCAACGAGAGAAUCUACCAUGCAUUCUCUGGCCGAGAUUCCGCCAAACGAUGGCGUCAAUCGUAACACUUCCAUUCGCAGCAUCAUGACGCUUCCUCCCUAUCACCCAACACCUCACCCCCAUGAACGCCUCAUAGCUCGUGAAGGCGAACGCGGUGGCGUGGACACUGUUGUCGAAUUUCCAGAAACAGCAGAAGAGGAAGAAGAGCGAAGAGAGCAGGACAUGGAAUCACUCUACCAGAUCCGACAAACGCGGCGACAGGAAAUCAAUGAACGCAACGACCGUCGAAGAGAACGUCAGGAAGCGAGAGAAGCAGGCGACUGGGCACGUCUCGAACAACUCCGUCUCCAAAGUGAAGCACGCGCUCGAGCCCGUGCUGGAAGUUCUGCGAGUGCAGGCAGUAGCACAACCAGCUUGCCCAUCGCAGCUGCCAGCGCCAGCUCAAUGAUAGCAGACCACCAGGCCCGUGCUUCUAGCAACGACCGCCGUGUCAGCUCCGUUAGCUAUGCUGAGCUAGGUCUCGCACGCCAUGAUGGCUCGAGGUUACGAGCCGAUAGUGUCGAAUCAGACCAUCGCCCUCUUCUCGAUUCUGCAGCAAGCAUGGGCGGUGACCAGCGCAACGCCUCAUCUUCGCGGCGCAGCUCCCUGUUCCACCUCCCUACCCACCGCUUCCACUCCCAUGCUCGAGCCGCUUCUGCGGAAUCCGUCAUGACGACCGAUAGCGAACUCGCGGACAUGACGCCCCAGAGUUCGUCGGAGGAUAGAAGCGGUAGCGGCAGUGAUCCGACCAUGCGUACGCCGAGCGUAGGGACAAGUAGUGAACCGUCCCCACCGAUGGGCGAACCACCGGAGUAUGAGGACGCGCCGCCUUAUACGAGUCCCGUGGCCGGGAGGGGGGAGGGUGUGCCAAGGUUGCCGAGCUUGAGGGUUGGGGAGAGGUUGCCGGCAAUUCAGAUUACAGGGAGUACGCCUGCUGCUACGCCGGUAAUAGGAACGCCCGCAGAACACAGUGACCAAGAGCGAUGA